AUGGCUCCAACUACAAAAAAAGCACUUAUCAACGUGGACAUGGGAGAGGCCUAUGGUAACUACGUUUGUGGUCCUGAUAAAGAAUUAUUGCCUAUGAUUGACCAUGCUAACGUAGCAUGUGGUUUUCAUGCCGGAGACCCUCUCAUCAUGGACGAAACGGUUGCGCUCUGCAAAGCUCACGGUGUCAAGAUCGGCGCUCACCCAGGCUUACCUGACGUGCAAGGAUUCGGUAGACGAGAAAUGAAAUUGUCACCCGAAGAACACACAGCAAAUGUUGUAUAUCAGAUCGGUGCCCUCAAGGCAUUUCUUGACCGCCACGGGGUUGAAAUGCACCACGUAAAGCCACACGGUAUUCUAUAUGGAAUGAUGGUCAGAGACAUUGAAGUGGCGAGAGCUGUAUGGGCAGCUGUUCCAAAAGGGAUGCGCGUGUUUGGCUUACCCGGAACAAACAUGGAAACUGCAGCCAAGGAGGCCGGUCUUGAAUUUUGGGCCGAAUACUUUGGGGAUGUCAAUUAUCGAGCUGAUGGAACGCUUAUUGUGGACCGUAAAAAAAAGCCAUGGAAAAUCGAAGAUGUCAAAAAGCAUGUGGCGAAGCAACUGCAGGAAAGUAAGGUCGUUGCUAUCACAGGGGAAGAAGUUGAUCUUCCCGUUGCGGAUUAUCCUAUCACCAUCUGCUGUCAUUCGGACUCUCCUGGUUGCAUUGAGAUUGUCACUGCUACACGGGAAGUAGCAGAUAAGUUUAACAAGGAGAGAGGUUUAUAA